AAGGCGAGACUGGUCCGAUCUCGCCUUUCACUCACAGUCUCAAUCGAUCUCGCAAUAAACUUUGCGCGAAACGUCAGUAUUAUCGACCCCCUGCAAGCUAUAUUGUUUUUACGACAGCUGUUUGCUCGAAAAUGGCAUAAUCGCUUUAUUAUCGCUAACGUAAUAGGGAUUACACAAGCUUUUUGUGACCGAAAUUCCUCGGCAUAUCUUUUAACAGUAUGCAACAGUAUGUAUUUCAGAAGAGUGAUUGAAUCCCUCGAAGCAACAACGACAAACAAUGUUCUCCCGGAGGAGCAUCUUCUCCGUCAUCUCGCAGAGUUUUGCGAGAAAACUGCACCUGUCAAAAAUCCGGCAAGAAGCUGCGAUAAUAGAUGGGUCAAAAAUAGCAGAUGAGAUUCAAGAGGAGUUGAAAGCUGUUAUAGAUACUUGUGUAAAUGCAGGAAAAAAAAGACCGAAGCUAGUAGCGAUCUUAGUGGGAAAUCACCCAUCUAGCAAAGCAUAUAUUGGUAAAAAGAUGAAAGCAGCAAAAGUAGUAGGAAUUGAGAGUUACACCAUUCAUUUGGGAGAAAAUAUAACGCAAGCGGAACUUCUUACGGAAAUUGAUAAUCUUAACAAAGAUCCAUCUGUCGAUGGUGUUCUGGUACAACUGCCAUUGCCAAAGGGCAUGAAUGACAAAGAAGUAUGCCAAGCAAUAAUUCCUAAAAAAGAUGUAGAUGGUUUCCAUUUGGUAAAUCUUGGCAAUCUGACACUGGACAAGAGUAGUAUUGUGCCAGCCACUCCUCUGGCUGUCAAGGAAUUAAUACUUAGGAGUAAAAUUGAGACAUUUGGAAAGAAUGCUGUGGUUGUUGGUAGAUCAAAACAUGUUGGACUGCCUAUCGCAUUGUUACUUCACGCAGAUGGCAAAGGCGAAACGGGUGCUUUGGAUAUGACAACGACAAUCUGCCAUAUUCACACUCCUCAUACAGAACUAGAAAAAUUUACGAAGCUGGCGGAUCUAGUCGUGGUGGCGGCUGGAGUUCCCGGUUUGAUCACCAAGGAAAUGAUAAAACCGGGCGCUUGCGUAAUUGAUGUGGGAAUCACCAGGGUGAAGACGGCGGACGGCAAAUUUCGCCUGGUGGGAGAUGUGGAUUACGAUAGUGUAAAGGAAGUCGCCGGACAUAUUACACCAGUGCCAGGCGGCGUAGGCCCCAUGACGGUGGCGAUGUUGAUGAAGAACACGGUCACGGCCGCCAUGAGGAAUCAGAAGGACGCGAAUCAGUCCGAUCGUUUAGAGGAUAGCAAAGCAUUUGAUAAGCAGUAUAAUUGAUAAGCAGUAUAAUUUGUUAUAAGUCUUUUAUUUGACGAUUCUUGUAUUCUGUAGUAUUAUUUUUGCAAAGGAAGUUAUAUAAAGUCGUUUUAUUCAUCAAUUUAUGCAGUAUUAUCAGGAAAGCACACACUAUGUACAACAGCUGAACCGAAAAAAAAAUGUAUAAAAAAAUGAAACCUAUUCCUUUUUUUUAUACACAUUUUAUUACACAUAUCUUUUUGCUAAUCUUAUAUAUAUUUUUCAAACAAUUGUUAUGGAAUGUCUUCUACUAACUGCAUUAAUAAUAAAUAUAUAUAUAUAUAUAAAAUAUAUUAACAUAUUCUCUCUUUAUAAAUCAAACACUGUUUUUGUGUAUCUGAGAUCUCUCUCUUAUCAGUAUCUAAUUGUAGCAAAUUUUUAAUUGUAAAUUUGUUAUUAUAUAAUUGCAGCAGGCACAUAUGUAAAAGAGAAGGCAAAUUAUGUUCUAGAUUUAAAUAAGACAAAUUAA